UAACCUUAAAAGUUUCAGUUCAGUGAUCAAUCAUCAGUGCUUCAUGGUGCUUCAAUCACGGCGUCAUACGCAAAGGCGUACAUAAAAGGCAUUUGCACAGUUCACGUUGGUCGCAGUGAGGAGUUGUUUUAAUUUCGUGAGAUGUCGGAGAAAACGAAAAACAUGAGCCACGUGAAACAUAUUCCCAAAGACGCUCAAGUCAUCAUGUCAAUCAUGAAGGAUAUGGGAAUAACAGAUUACGAACCCAAAGUGAUCAAUCAACUGUUGGAAUUCACGUACCGUUAUGUCACAUGUAUUUUGGAUGACAGCAAAGUAUACGCCAAUCACGCUAAAAAGAAGUUUAUCGAUCUGGACGACGUCAGGCUGGCGGUCAAGAUGCAGCUGGAGCGUUCGUUCACGAAUCCACCGCCCCGGGACGUUCUACUGGAUGUGGCGCGUACCAAGAACAACGUUCCGCUGCCUUUUGUCAAGCCGAACAACGGCCUCAGAUUACCGCCGGAUCGAUAUUGCUUGAACGCAACGAAUUACAGGCUUAAAAAUGCGACGAAGAAGGUCGUUCAGAAGCCCGCGCAUUCUCUGGUAGGAAAUAAUCAAUCCGGCGGACAGCCGAGACCGAAGGUGGAGGGAAAUAAGACUGCUGUAUCAAUUGUCAAGAGGCCAGGCACCCUUGCCACCGUCGCCAGAACACAAACUAUCUCUAUACCAAAACCCGUUUUGAAAUUCUCCACAGCUCCAUUUCACCUCAUGCAGUCCCAUUUCUCCAUACCAUUCCAUAUUUCCUUUAGAAAUCCCGCAACGACAACAAGUAAUACAACGGUGAAGACACAAGUAACGAAGCCGAAGAUACAGAUCACUUCCAAUCAGACAUUGCCGGUCGUGAAGAUGGAGACCGACGAGUCGUUGAAGAGGAAGCGAGAGGAAGAUGAUUACGAUGUGUCGUAACUUAAAUUCUGUAUGUUUUCCCAUUUUAAUUAUUAAUAUUCUCUUAAUUUUCUAAUAAUCCGUUCUUUGUUAAAACAGUACAAAAAGAAUGUACACAAAGUCUAGAACACAAGAUUAUAUAAGAUACGCUAUA